AUGGACGAUGUUAUUCCUAGACAAUCAUCUAUAAAGGAGAAGUUGAAAAAUUCGAUAUGUUGCUUCACCGGAAAUCUUCAUCAUCAUAAUCAUCAUGGUGAUGAUUCGCCAAUAGGAGGAGAAGGAUUCUACAACAAGUUACACAUACCAAGAACACCAAUUUCUCCGGCAGGUUCUUCAAGUUCACCAUCCUCGUGGUUUAGGAAAUCGCCUACCUGUAAUGGAAGCGACUUUUCUCGUGUUAGGGGAAAAAGCCAAAGGUCACGUGUGGGUCGCAGCAAACAUCAUCAUCAUCGUCAAUCACAAUCCGCUGAUUUUAGCUACGACCCUUCUAGUUAUGCGCUCAAUUUUGAAAAUGAAACUGCCCAAGAAGAUAUUCCAAUUAUGAAUUUUAGCUCUCGGUUGCCUAGGUCGCCUCCGCGUUCUUCCCAGACGAUCAAUUACUCGGAUGAGCUUCCAAAGGAGAUUGUUGGGUAUAGUUGA